GUCAUUCAAAUUUCAAUUCAAACAAAACAAAAAUAAAUUUGCAAAAAGUAAACAAAUAAAUUAGAAACACAGAAGGAAUUAAAUCUUCUGAAAUAUAAUGACAGAAUCCAACAAUUUUAAAGUUCCUGAGCCUCGUAAAGUCGGCGUGUGGACAGAAGGCGUACCAAUACAGUCAAAGGAAUUUGUUAUUCCCAAGAAGUCUCCAGAAUCAUUAGACGAUAUACCGACUCUUCCGGAUCUAGAUGACUUACAGGAUAUGUUUGAAAAAGAGUUAUCGAAACCACCAGCGUCAGACAGAAAGGACAAAGAAACUGCAUACACUCUGGCUGAAGUUGGAGGAGGUAUAUCUGGAUCUGUGGAAGGUGUAGAAGCAGCUUUAGAAGUUCUAAAGUCGUAUAUAUCUCCAGAAGAGUCAGAUUCUGCUGAUACUGUGUGGACAAUUGAUUCCUUACUCACACAACUUGCUGAAGAGUGUGAUGAAUCUUAGUUUUAUAACACAAUAUUACUUUAUUUACGUAGGUACCAUGAAAUGAUUAGAAUCAUUUUCAGAUAUUUAUUUGUUAAGUUGUAUGUUAUAGUUUGAGCAAUCAUAUGACAAGACCAACUUAAUUUUUUUCUUAGAUUAUGUAUUUCUAGACCAGAAAAUUGUGAAAUUAUGAAGUUGUAUAUGAUGAACUUGGCACAAUGAAGAAUGAACACAAAUAAUAACUUUUUUUAUACACUCUUCUGUUUUCUUGCUUAUCUUAAAAACGCUAGAAAAUAGUUUUAGUUCAAGUUUCUGGGUGACAGGAUA